UGCUUGAUACCUGAUUGGAUGAACUUUAUAUUUCAAACUCCUAAAGACAGCUGGUUUUUCACCACUUCUUCGCGCUUCCUCUCUUUUUUUUCGUGUUUCCUCAAAAGAUAAGUCAUAAUUUACUUGAUUUGUUUUAUUAACCUUGGCAAGGAAAGCAUGAUGAAAAGUCUGCAUAUGAGCCCUGCCCUUCGUCGGAGAAAUAUUCUAGCCUUGAUAGCAUUUGCUGUAGCAUUUGCGUCCCAGCUGGGAGUGGGAGCCGUAGCUUAUCAUCAUGGAAAGAAGGUCCAGUUGUACCCUGCCCUUCAUCGGAGAAAUAUUCUAGCCUCGAUAGCAUUUGCUAUAGCAUUUACGUCCCAGCUGGGAGUGGGAAGUGACCUUCUUUCUCUUGCCAAAUAUCCGUUGGCAGAAGCACAAACUAAUUCGCGGUUUUCAUUCAGGAUAUGUCUCUCUGUGCGAGACGAUCAUGAGGAGUUAGCUGACGACAACUCAUGCCGGCUACCAGGGGUUACAAUCGGUGAUCUACCAUACAACCUUUAUCAAUGACCACAGUAACUCAGGCGGUUUCUUUGUAUUCUUAGCUCUAUGCUACUUCAUGUCUCGUGUGGUCUUUGUAGGAUCUUCGUGUAUGACUUCAGGGGCACUGUUUCUGCAGCAAGAAAAGCCUCUCCUGAACCUUUGUACCACUAACAGAUCUAUUUUCUCUCGCCGGUGAGUUGUCCAGGAAACAUAGAAAAUUCCGCAAUCGUUAGGACUGCCAUGCAACAAUAUUCGUUAAUUACAGCCGAAUGUUUCACUUGGAAAGUUCAGUUUUGAUAACAUUCCAUCGUAAUACGUAAAAUAAACAGAAAGGAAGGCUAGGAAGAAAAGAAUUGAAAUAGAAUCGCUUUUAUUUGUAUCUUAUUGCUUCUGAC